GUAUACCGCAUCUUCCUGCGGGGGGCGCUGUGCUCACUUUGGUAUGUUGUUUCAAACCCCACAAACGAGGAAGACUGCGCCUUGGUCUUCCGCUUUUGAGCUAAAAAGACGCAAACGCCUCUUGAGAGCUGCAGAGAAGAAGAUUUGCCAUCAUGCCGAUGUUUGUAGUGAACACCAACGUGGCUAAAAGCGACGUCCCGGCUGCGCUGCUGUCCGAAGCCACGGACGAGCUGGCCAAAGCCAUGCAGAAACCUUCUCAGUACAUCGCUGUCCACAUCAACCCUGACCAGAUGAUGAUGUUUGGGGGGAAAGGGGACCCCUGCGCACUCUGCUCCCUUCACAGCAUUGGCAAGAUUGGUGGCACUCAGAACAAGCAGUACUCCAAACUCCUGUGUGGGCUGCUCAACAAACACCUGGGCAUCUCUCCUGACAGGAUUUACAUUAACUUUGUGGAUAUGGACGCAGCCAAUGUGGCCUGGAACAGCACUACAUUUGGCUGAGAUGGAGGUGAACAGUCUAAAAUAGAUCAUUCCAGUAUUUCCCCCUAUGUGUUCUAGCUUAUUCAAAGCUAAAGAAAUUAAGAGCGAAGACGCUUGUAAUUUGGACAAAAUACUGUAUGGCUAUCUCUAAAGCACUUGAACCUUUAUGGCUUUGCACUCUAAUGUCCAGAUUUAAAUGCAAUAAAUAAAACCCUGUAGACCAUGAAUGAAUUUCUGUUUUUUAAUUUUUUGUUUUUGGUAGUCUCAUCUUGCAAAGAGUCAGUGUAUAGUACAGGUAGGUUAAUCACCCUUGCAACAAACUGUACAAACAAAUAUACAGCGUUUAUGUGGAUUGGAUGGUGUGUAAAUAGCUAUUCGCUGUUAACGUCACUGCAAAAUCUGUGUUGCAUUUGUGUGACUUGGUUUUAUGUUGCUAUUGAAUAUUCUCUGAAUCACUUGGUUUCACUCUGAAAAUGAACAAAGAGCUAUAUUGUGUAGAUCCCGAAGCCAAAUAUUAUCAAAUUGUGAUGACUUGGCCUAGAUGGCAUGUCAGUAAUUUAAUAUGAAAUCAAAACAUUGCCCUCAUGAUUGUUGGACCAGUGGGUGCUGUUAGAAACCCAUUAAUUUGUACAGAGGUGCCUGGGGAAGUGGGUAUACUCUGAAUUUGUUUUCUUUUUUUCUUAUCAUUGGGGAGAAACACACUGAUGUGAAAGGCUAUUUUUCAAAUUUAAAUAACAAAAAAUGGUCCUGGUUGUAUUUACAUACUGUCACCAAACUAACCUUAACCUCAAGAUGUUUGUCAAGCCAAAUCUGAUUUGAUCAAUUAGGAGAUACUUCUCACUCGCCUUUAUAAAUAGGGGUUUCUGGCGUUGUACUAAAAAUUUAUAAAUAACAAAGAAUAGUACCCCAUCAUGCUGCGUUGAAUAGAUGUUGUAAAUGUUUUAUUUCCAGCUUCUACAACCAUAAAGUUAAAAAAGAGGAAAUGAUUACAGCCUCUCUCUUUGUAAUGUGGGUUUGAUUUCAAAAGAUGCUCUCCAUUAUAACAUUCACCAAAAUGAGCAUGUAAUGUAAAGGCGUAUGCAUUUCUUUUCCUUCAGAGAAGUAAAGACACACAGUUUGGUCUGCACUGACUUGUGAAAGAUACUUGCCUGUUUUUCUGAGACAGUGCAAAAGCUAUGCACCACCCUCCGCUCCAUAUUGAACAUUCGAGCAAACUCUAGUUGAGCCGAGCGUAGUUGCCUAACAACGUAACAACAAAUCACAGCACGGCAUCGGUCCUCCAUGUCCGCUGCAGACGUCAUUGUUAUGCGCGGCGGGAGAAGAAAGUACUGCAGUUUUCUUCCCUCUGUUACCUGUCUUUUACUGUUCAGUUGAAUGGGUAUAUCUUGUUUUCUGAAUUAGAAAAUAUGUCAGCAGGAAUGUGUUGUCUGCUUUAAAGUGGUGCAGACUUAUCACGAUGUUAUCAGUAGAUUGUAUCAUGUUGGUUGCUUUGGUAACCGUAAUGCUGGCUGAGUGCCAAACACAUCCGGAGGUGGAUUUGUUUUGUCUGUAAAGACAUGUCUGUCGAGUCCCCCUUUAUCGUAAUAGUUUGUACACUUUGUUUUAGCCUGGGAAUAUUAAUCGAUGUCAAUUAUUGCGUGUAUGUUGCUCAAAAAGUGGUGAAUUGCUGGUCGAAUAAAGAUGACGCAAUAGGACCCGCCUUUUGGGGUGCUUGAAAAAGAAUGGCGGAUGUGUGUGUAGAAUGUUGAAUAAUUUGAAAAGAACAGCAGCAGGAAUUAGCCAUUAAUAGCUAUAAAUUCACGUGUUCAAGACAGGACAUAGGGGUUCUACUUCUUCCGAAAGGGGAAACAUACAGCCACAUAAGAAAGUCCAUCACUGUGGUCCUCUGUAAACUGUCUUCAGUUAUCUUACAUGAUGUCUGACCAAGUGAUAAGGCGGCUCCGGGUCAACCUCAUCACAACGAUGGACAGAGUUCUAAAUAGAGCCGUGCUUGAACUCAUGAAGGUAUUUGAAAACAGCCUAUACGAUCAUCAGAUGGAGAUGGCUCAGAAGGAACAGGAUAUAGCUCGUCUUAAAUUAAAGCUUCAGCUAUCCGAGCAAAAGCUGAAAGAACUGGACUCUAGAGAUCCCAGAGGCGUGGAGACAAACCAAGCUCCGACUGAGCCUACAGCCAGUCCGGACGCACCGGAGGACGCACCGGGGGACGCACCGGAGGAUGCACCGGAGGAUGCACCAGGGGACGCACCAGAGGACGUACCUGAGCACGCCCCGGAAGUUUCUCAGCCCGAUCAUGAGCCCGAUGACUGGUGUGCUCCACUGGGAUGUGAACUGCUGUCCAAGGAGGAUGAGGGCGUGUGCCCCAGUGUAAGACUGCGAGCGUUUUCCAUUUCUCUGAGGCAGAUUCCAGUCGUUAAGCACAAGGCAAACAUUUCUGACAAUGACCUCCAGGGACACAGCCACGGCAGAAAAUCCAGGAGAAUUUCUGCUUCAAAUUACAAGUCCAAACGGAUCCAGAUCAGAAAGCUGCCAGUCUCUGUUCAAGAAAAUCAACGUCAGCCAAUAAUGAACGACAUGAAAAGAUCUCUGACUGAAUUCUCUGAGCAUGACAGUUUGGAAGGCUUAAGGAAAAAGAAAAAAAGGAGAAAGACAGAGUUAUCAGAAAAAGGGCCAAAAGAUAGAGUAAAUAAAGGAAGACGUACAGCAGAUGGCAGCAAGUCUUCUGGAUUAAAGAGCACGGACAAAGAAUACCCCUGUGUGGUUUGCAAAAAAAAGUUUGAUUCAGAAUUCGGAAGAAAGGAACAUGAACUUCUCCACAAAACAUGCCAAGGAUGCAAAGUGGUCUUCCGUUUUCGACGUCUUCUCAGGUUGCAUAAACCGUCUUGUGAAAGAUUCUUGAAAGAAGCCCCAAAUCUUCCCCAAUCCUCCCAAGAUGAAGAAUGUUGACCCUCAGACACACAUUCUAUUGUUGUAAGUUUGAUUAGUGCGCAAAGCUCACAAGUCAUUGUUAUUUUCUGCCUUUGCCUGAUAAAGUGCCACAACAUGCAUGUUAUAAAAAACAAAACAUGAAUCCACAAAUGGAGACCUUGGAUGGACCAAUAGGGGUGUCCAACUCCAGUCUUUGAGGUUUCAGAUGUUUUCUUGCUUUAAUUCAUAUCACUGUGUUAUUAGCAGGUUUGAAUAGAUUCAGUUAAUCGGAAUCGGGUGGAUUGAAACAGGGAAACUUCUGAACCGGCACAACAGGGCCCCCCUAAGGACAGGAGUUGGGCACAACGUCCUUAGCAUUUAAGAAUAUUUUCCGGAUGACUACGACUUCUACCACCUAAAACGCAGGUGGACACUAAAAAUAAAAAUUGGGCAAACCAUAUUUAGAUUUAAGAUGUUAGAUGUUGGGUAUAUGAUGCUGUAAUAGAUUCAGCUUCUGCUUCUAUGGAGAAGAGAGGCUCAUUAUAUGCGAGAUGCCCUGCAAGGUUUAGCUCAUGUACCAGCAAUAUUUAUUCUGAAAAUCAGUCGUAAACUUAAACACCACCCUCAAGAAAACCUCAGGUUUGGUUUCUGUACAUAUUUAUUUGCUGUUAGUUCUGUUCCAGGUUAUAUGCACAUUUUUAAGAAUCAGAAAUUGACUGUUGAUGCAUUUGGUUUUGAAGUUAAAUGUUUGCUGAUUUUAAUCUAUUUUGAUAUAUCCAGACUCUCUUGUAUCCCGAGAAUGUUUGAUACGACAUUGAUCCCGUAUACGUGAUCUGCCUACCUCUGCUCAUUUAACCUUCUUUUUAUGAAUGCAUUACAUUGUCUUUAUAAAAAUAAAAAUUUU